CACAGCGAAGAAUCAGACUCUGGAUAAGAAUAGAAAACAGAGGACCUCAGCUAGAGAAAAGGAGAAAUCAUGAAGGAUAUAUUCUCAGCCACAUCUAAAGGGUAUGCAGCCAGAAAUACAAGUCGGAAAACAAGCUAUAAAUACCUCCAAGGAAGGAAAGUACCAGAGUAAACUCAGAUGAUGAAGAGGAAAGUGAAAUCGUGAAAUCAUGAACAGAAAUUCAAACAAUUUCUCACCUUUACCUGGUGCUCGGCGAUUUGGCGUUGCAAGAGCCUUUGAUAACCAUGGUGGCUACCAUGAGACGCCUGCAUUUUACCCAUCUCUUUCUAUCCAACCUACUCCUGAUGACAGGAUUUCAGGGGCGCAAGAUCCCCCGAGGUUGAUGGAUGACAGAACACAUUCUGGACUCAACGGCACAUCCAGUUUUCCAACACAACCACAUCGCAGACAACCAAAUAACGGACUCAAUGGCAGCAUAAGAAGGGGGCUGAACCCCAUGAUCGGAGAGAUUGUGCCGCAGUCACCACCAAGAGCAGUAGAAAAUCCCAGAUCAGCAGUUUUGAGCAAUCUUAAGAAAGAAAUAUACCAGCCCCCAAAGAUUUUACCAAAGAGAGUAAGUUUAUGUUAUAAAGACAGUGUCGUGAAUGCUUUAAAAGAGAGAGAGAGGGAAAAGCAUGAACGUCGCAAGAGGUGUGCGAUUUGCCUGGAAGAUUUUGAACCCCGAGAGGAGGUGAUGCUUACACCAUGCAAACAUGUGUUUCAUGAGGACUGUAUAGUCCCAUGGGUACGGAGCAAAGGUCAGUGCCCGGUUUGUAGGUUUGUGAUUUGUGAGGAGACAAGGGAUCACCCGUCGUCCUUCAACGACAAUAUGGCUAUGAUGAGACCCAGUUACCUACUAAUUGCAGGUGAGCUUCUAUCAAUUUUUAGAGCCACGGGAGAAGCUCUCGAAAUGGGCAAUGGAACACGGUAAAAUGAAGCAUAUUGAAGACCCAGUGAUCAGUAAUCUGUCAGAUCUGUGUUAAUUUCUUGCCUUUCUUUGUAGCCUAGGCUUUGCGAGGGAGCCAAUAACACUAUAGAUUCCGAACAGUAAGUCAGUAUGGUAGUGGAGAUUCUUGUUUUACAUUCUUUCUCGCAGAGAAUAAUGUAUCUUACAUACGCUCCUAGAGUAGAUUCCGACAACGUUGCUAAUCAAUAGUUUCCACAUUUUCUUCA